CGACAAUCGACGCGCCGGUCGCGUCUGUAGUCGCUCAGGAACCCCCAAAAGCUGCGCUCAUCAAACCGUCCGUCCCUCGAUUCGACUCGCAACACGCUCGACAAGCCGUACAGGCGACCCAGAUCUAUCAGCUCGUGCCGCCUCGUUCACCCUCGUCCUCCCCGACCUGUCGCCCCCUCCUUCCUUGCCAAACUCGCUGCUGGACCAGCUCCCUCACUCGCCAUGACCCGCGCCCGCCUCACCGCCCCAUCGCCCCUCAAGCUCGUCCCCGUCGGCAACGGCGUCAAGCCCCCUCGGUUCCCCACCUUCACCCUUCCCUCGCCGCCCAAACCCUCGUUCACGACGGUGCGCUCGCGCCACCUCAGCGGCGGAAGCGGCGUCGUCAUCGGCGAGCUGCCCAAGCUCGGCCAGUCGUAGAUGGCCGGGCGAGUCGCGCAAUGGACGUUCAGCUGGAGCAGGUC